AUGCCGACCCCGUCCUCAGAACCGCCGCUCGAUCCUUCGUCACCGUCGUCCCACAACUUUUCAACUUGUCCCGACGAGUUACAGCAUUCAUCUCACAUCUCUCAGACAUCCCAUGAAGAAAUGACGCCCGGGUUGCAGUCGACGACGCACAGGCGGAGCCAGUCACCUCGCGACGCCCCGUCUGUCGACUCGGACCAGUCACGGAUCAUGAUAAGAGAGGAUUCUCAGGUCACAGACGAUCGCAUCUCUGCCGAGCCCUCGUCACGGGCGACUACAAUAUCCCCACCUCCUCGAUCUAGCGCGACCGGCGCAACUUCGCCUCCCCCCGACGUCGGCAACAGCAAACAGCAAGACCUCGAGGGUCGCCUUGGCACCAGCCAGAAGGCUGUUAUGGGUAGCCCAUCUCCGGCUAGUAUCUCCAGCAGGAAAGAAACGGACGAAAACGAGUUUGAAACAUGUGACGACGAUACGCAGAGUUCAUGUUAUACUGGCCUCGACUACUCCAAUAAGAGAUCCAUUCCCUUUAGUCCGUCAUCCUACCUACGGCCGGGUACAAAAUUCCACGGCACACAACAGUCUGAACGACAGGUAUAUGAUGUUCAGGUCGAAAUAAAAUAUGUCGACAUGCGCGAGUCUUUCCUGUGCGGCUAUCUACGUAUUCAAGGUCUCACGGAGGAUCACCCAACCCUCACGACAUAUUUUGAAGGCGAAAUAAUCGGAACAAGGUAUAGCUUCCUCACACAGCACGACGACUGGGGUGCCAAUGCCAAGGUAGAUUUGAGCCACUGGGGCAAGUUUGGUGCGUUUCGGCCGUAUCAGAAACAGGCAAAAAAGGGGUCUGUCUUGAUACCCGAUGUUGCUCAAAAGGAAUUUAUAUUUAUGCGAUGGAAGGAGCACUUUUUGGUGCCGGAUCAUCGCGUUCGCACAAUUCACGGCGCUAGCUUUGAGGGCUUCUACUAUAUAUGCUUCAACCAGGUCAAAGGAGAAGUCAGCGGCAUCUACUUUCAUUCAAAGAGCGAAAACUUGAGUUGA